GAACAUGGCGCGGAGCUGCCGGGCGCUUGGGAAAGUGCUCGCCGAAAGGCUCACGGCUCCGCACAGAAGCGUUCUCAGGAACUAGGAAUCUCCCUUGAGCCUGCCCCUGCUCGCUCCACCCGGCGCCCGAGAGCUGAGUGGCGAUGACCAGCAACGUUGACAUUCGCAUUGCGAUCAGUAGGCUCCAGAGUGAAGACGCUGGCGCUGCGUGGGAUAACUGCUCGCUCCUGUGGGAGCCCCUGUCUGGCUGAGGAUUUGGGCACUGGAGGUCGGGGGCCCCAAAGCUCUUUCCAGCUCAAAGGCAAUAAAUAGGCAUUUGGCUUCAUGUGGUAUUCUGAUGAGCAGAAUUCCUCCAAUGCAAGCAUCGGUAACAAACCGUACCUUCGCAAGAAGAACUUUCUUCAACAUUGCUUCGCCAUUCGGAAACAAAAGAAAAGAAUAUUCUGAGAGAAGGAUUAUAGGGUAUUCCAUGCAGGAAAUGUAUGAAGUGGUAGCUGUUGUGGAGGACUACAAACUCUUUGUUCCUUGGUGUAAAAAGUCAGACAUAUUAUCCAAACGUUCUGGAUACUGCAAAGCCCACUUAGAAAUAGGAUUUCCUCCUGUGUUAGAGAAGUAUACAUCAGUUGUUACCCUAGUGAGACCUCACUUGGUUAAGGCAUCCUGCACAGAUGGGAAACUAUUUAAUCAUCUGGAAACUGUGUGGCGUUUUGGUCCGGGAAUCCCAGGUUAUCCAAGAACAUGUACCUUGGAUUUUUCAGUUUCUUUUGAGUUUCGUUCACUUCUCCACUCUCAACUUGCUACAUUAUUUUUUGAUGAAGUUGUUAAACAGAUGGUAGCUGCCUUUGAAAGAAGAGCAUCCAAACUCUAUGGGCCAGAAACUAGUAUACCUCGAGAGCUAAUGUUUCAUGAAAUUCAUCACACAUAAAGGGAAAAGUGUUAGCUUUCUAUCUUUAUUAUAAUCGAACUUGUACACCUUAUUUAUAAGAGGGGCUUUUCUCUGUGGGUAUCUAUUUGUUAACUUAGCUUUGUGUGUAAUAUACUGCUGUACAAAACCUGCACAUAAGAUGGAACCAGAUGUACAUAGAAUAUUAAGCUUCAAGUGCAAUUCAGGGUGUGAUGUUUGUAACAAACUGAAUGGCAGCUACUGUAAACUAGCCAAUCAAGAUUGCCUAAACAGUUUGAUUAUAUAAUGAACAGCACAUCAGCAUUACUGCCUUAUCUAAACUGUUAAUUUUUUUGCAGUGUUUGUAAUAAGUGUAUGAAGUUUAAGUUAUUAGUAGUUUUUGAACAUAUGUAACUUAUUCUCAUAUCAGCAUCAACCUAAACAAGUUCAGGGAAAGUUUAAGACAGUUGCCCGUAACUUCCUACUUUUCCUCUGCAUCAGGAAUACUAGUUUUAUGCUCCAGAAAGACUGAAAGAAGAAUGCCCUAAUGGACAGUUUCAAUACAUUUUAACUGACAAGGCUCCUGUAGACAAAUAGUAGUAGCUGUGCUAAAAAUAUAAACUGACACAUUACAGAAGAGCAGCAAUUACUUGUUCUACAAUUUAUGAGUUUAGAUUAAAUCAGUGUGGUAGUGUACAAAGUAUAUGUAAUUGACUUAA